GAGCGGCGGCGCCCAGGGGAGCUGAAGCAGGACCGGCCUCACAGGCCCGCCGGGCCGGCUCCGCCUCAAAGAGGCGGGGAAGGCGCACAUCGAUAGCUCAGCGUUCCUCUGUCCAGGCGAGCCCCCGCCGGUUGGCUCGGAUCGAUUGGCGUGCGGCCCGCCGGCCCCCCGCAGUGUCGAGGAGGCGGCCGCCACCGGGCGCCCAGUAGUCUGUGCUGUCACUUUGAAAACCUGUUGGAGUAACUGUUGAUGAGCUAUUUAUGGGACUUGGAUCUGAUUACUUCCUACACUGACAGCCUUCCUAAAAAAGAGGUUUGGGGAGGAGGGAGACUAUGGAACAGCAAUCCAGAAAAUGACAGAAAAACAUUAGUUGCCCUCUUCUAGGACAGUCAUGUUGGAAGGAUUGGUAGCCUGGGUCCUCAACACGUAUUUGGGCAAAUACGUCAAUAACCUGAACACAGACCAGCUUUCGGUUGCUCUUCUGAAGGGUGCUGUUGAAUUGGAAAACUUGCCACUAAAGAAAGAUGCCUUGAAGGAACUGGAAUUACCAUUUGAAGUAAAGGCAGGUUUCAUUGGCAAAAUAACACUGCAGAUACCUUUUUAUCGUCCGCAUGUGGAUCCAUGGGUGAUAUCUGUCUCAAAACUGCACUUAAUUGGUGCACCAGAAAAAAAAGAAGAUUUCGAUGAGGAAAAGGAGAAGUUGCAAGAGAGAGAACACAAGAAAGCCCUUCUCCUAGCACUUGAGGAAAAAUGGAAAACAGAACAACAACAGAAAGGGGAAUCCUACUGGUACUCAGUUACUGCAUCUGUAGUCACAAGAAUUGUAGAAAACAUUGAAUUAAAAAUUCAGGAUGUGCACUUGAGGUUUGAAGAUGGUGUCACAAACCCUUUGCAGCCGUUUGCAUUUGGCAUAUGCAUCAAAAAAGUAUCCAUGCAAAAUGCAGUAUUUGAACCAGUAGAGAAGCUGAUGCGUAAAAAACAGUUGGAUGUUGCCGACUUCAGUGUUUAUUGGGAUACCAACUGCACUUUACUAGGAGACCUGCCUCCUGGUCAGCUACAGGAAGCAAUGGAUAAAAGUAUGGAAAGUCGUGAUCAUAAUUACAUCAUGGAACCUGUAUGCACUUCUUCUCUUCUUAAGAGAAAUUGUUCUAAAGAGCCUUUAAGAUCACGCCAGACUCCACGGCUUGAGUGUGACAUUCAGCUUGAGACUAUACCCUUGAAGCUUUCACAGAUGCAGUAUCAGCAGAUCAUGGGAUUUCUAAAGGAACUGGAUAGAAAGGAACGACAGCUUAAAUUCAGAAAGUGGAGACCAAAGGUUUCGGUAACAGCGAACUGCCGAGAAUGGUGGAUCUUUGCUUUGAAUGCUAAUCUGUCGGAGAUCAGGGAGCAGAGGCAGCGCUCCACCUGGGAGUUUGUAUUACAUCGGGCCCAAGAUGCAGUGUCUUACACUGACCUGUAUUACACCAAGUUGAAGGGGGAACCACUGUCUGCUGCAGAGCAGGCAGAAAUGCAUCGUAUUGAAGAUGAGCAAACUUACGAAGAGUUGAAGAUACUAUAUGAGAUAGUUCAUGAUAAAAUUCAUGACUUAGCUGAGAGCAUUAAAGAGCCGUUGCCUUAUUCCCCUGGAGGGUCCCCUACAGCAGAAUCUGCACAUGGCAGUAGCACUGGAAUGCUGCAGUAUCUUCAGUCUUGGUUUCCUGGAUGGGGAGGUUGGUAUGGAUAUGCUCAGCAAACAUACGAAGGGGAACCAUUUGAAGGGCUGCUGACAGACCCAAAGGAACAGUGGAAUCCAGAGGACAUACUGGGUACAGAUGAGUUUUUUGACCCUGCUGCAGAUGCUUCUAGCAUGAAUACCUUUACGAAGAGAGAUCAUAUUUUUGCUAAAUUAAAUCUACAGUUGCAGGGUGGCUCUUUCACUCUGUUGCAUAAGAAUAAGAAGGUGGUGCAUGCUGAGGAGACUGCUUUUAUGCAGCUGGAGUUUUCAGGUGUAAAGAUCUUAGCGGAAUCCCUUCCUCGCAGAAAUUCUUCCCUUCUCAGAGUUCAGCUUGGUGGUCUUUUUCUGAGGGAUUUGGCAACAGAAGGGACCAUAUUUCCUGUUCUCGUUUUCCCAAAUCCUCAAAAGGAGGUUGGCUGCAUGUCUUCCUUUGGACUCCAGAAUUUGUCAUCAGAAAUGACUAAUCAGAACACUGAUCCUGAUGCCCCAGUAUUUGAGAUGCUUUAUGAAAGAAAUCCAAUCCACAGCACUUUUGAGAGGCGCCUGGAAGUCAGUACCAGACCUCUCAAUAUUAUUUACAAUCCACAAGCCAUUAAGAAAGUAGCUGACUUCUUCUACAAGGGAAGGGUUCAUACCUCAGGUUUUGGAUAUCAGUCUGAAUUAGAGGCAAGAGUGGCUGAAGCUGCCAGAAGACAGUACAACAAGCUGAAAAUGCAGACAAAAGCUGAAAUCAGGCAAACUAUUGAUCGUUUACUUGUAGGAGACUUCAUAGAAAACAGCAAAAGCUGGACUGUGUGCCUUGAUAUUUCUGCCCCUCAGGUGAUCUUUCCUGAUGAUUUCAAAUUUGUGGAUCCAGUGUUAGUUGUUGUAGAUCUGGGAAGAAUAUUACUGACCAAUUCUCAAGAAGAAUCUAAAAGGAGCACAGAUACUUUUUCUUCAGAAGUCAAUGAACUGAGUGAUGAGGAAUAUAAAACACCUCUUGCAACUCCUCCCAAUACUCCACCACCAGAAUCUGACACUAACAGUGGCAUGAAAAUGUCUGAAUUUACUGGACUAGAAAUAAGUGAAGAGCAUCUACAAGCACACUUAAUGAGUAAAAAAAUGUAUGAGAGAUACACACUUUCAUUUAUGGACCUUCAGAUCAUGGUAGGCCGAGUGAAAGACAACUGGAAACACGUUCAAGAUAGUGAUGUGGGUCCCACUCAUGUGGUAGAAAAAUUCAAUGUUCACCUGCAGUUGGAGCGCAGGUUGAUCUACACGUCUGACCCAAAAUACCCAGGAGCUGUCUUGUCUGGCAGUCUGCCUGACUUGAAAAUCCACAUCAAUGAAGACAAAAUACUAGCUCUGAAGAACUGUUGUGCACAGCUGAGUACGUCUGAAACUAAGUCUUCUGAUGCCCUACAUUUAGGGAAAGACAAGAUUUUUGCAGAGGUAGACCAGCUUGGCAGUUUGCAUGAUUCUGUGAUGAACCUAACCCAGAGUGUUGUGAUGCUAGAGCAACACACCAGAGAAGUUCUUGUUGAGUCUCAGCUGCUUUUGGCUGAAUUCAGAGUAAACUGUAUGCAGUUGGGUGUUGAAAGUAAUGGACGAUACAUCUCUGUACUCAAGGUUUUUGGCACCAAUGCCCAUUUUGUGAAAAGGCCAUAUGAUGCAGAGGUGUCCCUGACUGUUCAUGGCCUGUUAUUGGUUGAUACUAUGCAAACAUAUGGAACAGAUUUUGAUCUUUUGAUGGCUUCUCAUAAGAAUCUGAGUUUUGAUGUGCCAACAGGAAGUCUUCGAGGCAGCAGGGCUCAGUCUCCAGUUUGUGGACCACGUGAUGCACGUCCCAUUGAUGCAGCUAGUUUGGCAGAGAGAUGCACUACAGCCUCAAGUACAUCAUCUGGUAACAAUGGAAAAGAUCAAGAGUCCCUGAUAAAAUUAGAGUAUCAGUUUGUGAGUGCUGAAUGUCCAUCAAUGAAUUUGGAUUCCAGUCUGCAGGUGAUCUCUGUGCAGGUGAACAACCUGGAUAUCAUCCUUAACCCGGAGACUAUUGUUGAACUGAUUUGCUUUCUCCAGAAAUCUUUCCCGAAGGAGAAAGAAGAUUCUAGUCCUCAGCCUUUAAUAACUGACUUGGAAAAAGAUUGGAGGGAACAGGAAACCUUCCAGUCAACUUACGUGCAGAAUACAGAGGUAGCAGUUGAUAUUCACUGGUUAAAUAUACUCCUUCUCAGGACAGUUGGCAUGACAAAUGGAGAAAAAUAUGGUAGAAAAAUUGCAACAGCCAGUAUUGGUGGCACCAAAGUCAAUGUCUCCAUGUGCAGUAAAUUUGAUGUAAAUGGCUCUCUGGGAUGUCUUCACCUGAUGGACCUAACACAAGAUAGCGUUAAGAACCAGUAUGUUGUCAGCAUAGGGAAUACAGUGAGGUAUGAAAAUCUCAUUGGUGAUGUAGAUUACUUGGAAUCUUUAUUCUUCAGGCUUGAUGAUGGGAAUAGCCUUCCAGAUGCAUUAAGUUUCACUUUCACAGAAAAGUCAAAAGAGGAAUGUUCUCUGAACCUCAAAAUGGCCUCUUUACACUACAACCACUCAGCUAAAUUUCUGAAAGAACUAACUUUGUCAAUGGAUGAAUUGGAAGAGAAUUUCCGCAGCAUGCUGAAAAGUGCAGCUUCAAAAGUUACCACUGUCUUGGCAACUAAAACUGCUGAAUACAGUGAAAUGGUUUCUUUGUUUGACACAACACCACGAUCAAGAGAUGUUGCCAACUUAGAAGAUAAUGAAGGCUAUGGCUUUGGAUCACAACCACUCAAAAUUGAUACUAUUAAGCUUAUAUUAAAUGUAAACAUUGAGUCACCGAUUGUCUCCAUACCUCGAAAGCCUGGUAGCUCUGAACUGCUUGUAGGUCAUCUAGGACAAAUAUCCAUUCAGAAUUUUGUACCAGGAGAAGAUGAAUCUACAAGUGAUAGACUGCAAGUUGAAAUUAAAGACAUUAAAAUGUAUUCUUUAAAUAGCAGCCAGUUUACAAGCAAGAAGGAGCCUGCAAGUGAAGUAUCUCGGGGGCUGCAUUCUUCUUCAGGUCCUGCUAGUAUUAGUAGCCAGGACGAACCCCAUUUUACUCGUCAUGACUUCUUUGAAUCGUUACAUAAAGGCCAUGCUUUCCACAUUCUGAAUAACACCACCAUCCAGUUUAAGUUGGAAAAGAUACCACUAGAAAAAGAUAUAACUUUUCCUCUGAGUAAUGAAGACUUUGGAAUAUCAAGCAUUAUGAAGAUUGAAGGGAAAUUUGUUAACCCUCUUCAGGUGGUGUUAGCAAAACAUGUGUAUGAACAAGUUCUUCAGACUCUGGAUAAUUUAAUUUACAGUGAAGACUUGAACAGAUUUCCAACCACUUCUGUGUCUUCAACUUGUCAUAGUUCUCCUUCAGCAUCACUUCACAGUACAGGCACAGAAUUCUCAAGUGAACGGAAAGAAAAUGGUUUAUUCAGCCAUUCUAGUUUUAAUUCUGUUCCAAACAAGUUGGUAGCUAUCAGGGAAACAAAAUCUUUUACUCAGAUUCAGGCAAACUUUCGUAUCUCAGAGCUCCAGGUGCAGUUAAGUGGUGACCUUACACUCGGUGCACAAGGCCUUGUCAGCCUUAAGUUUCAGGAUUUUGAGGUUGAGUUUGCUAAAGAUCAUCCUCAGACUUUGUCUAUUCAGAUUGCCCUGCGUUCCCUGCUGAUGGAAGAUCUUCUGGAGAAGAACCCAGACUCUUUGUACAAGAAUCUCAUGGUGUCCCGUGGAGCACCCAAGCCAUCCAGUUUAGCACAUAAGGAGUAUCUUUCCCAGUCUUGUCCCUCAGUAUCCAAUGUAGAAUAUCCAGAUAUGCCACGUUCCCUGCCUUCCCAUAUGGAAGAAGCACCUAAUGUCUUUCAGCUGUACCAAAGACCAGUUUGUGCCUCCCGUAAGAAGCAAAAAGAUGAUGCUGAUUCUGAGUAUCCUCUGACUCCACCUCCUUCUCCAUCAGCAGACAGAUCCAAGUUGUCCUGUGGAAAAAGUAACUUUGAUGAUUCAUUAGUUCAUAUCAAUAUAUUUCUAGUGGAUAGGAAACAUCCUGAAUUUUCUUCUCGCUAUAACAGAAUUAACCGUAGCGUAGACGUUGAUUUUAAUUGUCUAGAUGUCUUAAUAACUUUGCAAACUUGGGUAGUGAUACUGGAUUUCUUUGGGAUUGGAUCCACUGCUGAUAACCAUGCUAUGAAGCUGCAACCUGAAGAUACUCAGCAGGCAGUCAAAUCAGAAAUAAAUACCUUGUCAGCUUCUCAAGCCCAAGAGCCUGUAAACACUAAGCUGGAUCUGAAGGUCCAUUCUUUAUCAUUAGUACUGAAUAAGACAACUAGUGAGCUUGCUAAAGCCAGUGUGUCAAAACUUGCAGCUCACUUGGAAGUGAUUGAGGGAGAUUUAGCCCUGCAAGGAAGUAUUGGAAGUCUGUCCUUAAGUGACCUUACAGCUCAUGGAGAAUUUUACAGAGAACGUUUCACUACAAGUGGGGAAGAAGCACUCAUUUUCCAAGUCUUUAAAUAUGGGCGGCCGGAUCCAUUGCUCCUACGAGAGUGUGAUAUUCGUGUCACUCUGCAGAUGGCGUCUGUUCAGUAUGUGCACACUCAGCGUUUCCAGGCAGAGGUGGUGUCAUUCAUCCAACAUUUUACUCAGCUUCAGGAUGUCUUGGGAUGGCAAAGAGCAGCAAUUGAAGGACAAACAGUAAGAGAUAAAGCACAGCGAGCUUCCCGAGUUCUUCUUGAUAUUGAGGCUGGUGCUCCUGUUCUGCUUAUACCUGAAAGCUCAAAGUCUAAUAGUCUUAUUGUAGCUAAUCUUGGAAAACUGAAAGUCAAGAACAGAUUCCUUUUUGCGGGUAUGCCGGGCACUUUUUCAUUAAAGAACAAGGGAUAUUUCAGCAGUGCGAAUAGCAGAAAACAGAGAUCUGUAUGGGGUGAGACUUGCUGGAACACACUGGAGAACAGACAGGAUUCAGUUCAGUUUUCAUCUCCUUUGGGAACUCCUAAACAUAGCAUGAAGAAAACAACAAGUGCUGAUGAAUCAAAAGUAGCAAUGGAAGGAUUGUUCAUGAAAAAAUCAUCAGGAAUGAACACGUCUAAGCUGAAGAGUGAGCCUGUGCUGAAUACUCUGAGUAAGCAACAAGGGCAGCAACCAAAGCUCCCUGUUGUAUUGAACCCUGACAGCCCAGAGGAUCACAUCUGCCUCUUAGACUGCAUUGUGGUUGAUCUGCAGGACAUGGACAUAUUUGCUGCAGAAAGGUACCACAGGGAGUAUUCAAAGGCUAUGGAAGAUACUAACGCGGACUUGAGCUUUCCAUCCUACUUUGUGAGGCAGACAGGAGGAAGUCUAUUGACAGAACCUUUCAGGCUGAAGUUACAAGUAGAGAGAAACUUAGACAAAGAGUUAAGUCAUGCAGUUGCAGAUAUAUCGAUACAUGGCAACCUGUCAUCAGUCCAUUGCAGUCUGGAUUUGAACAAGUAUAAGCUGAUAAGAGGACUGCUGGAGAACAACCUUGGGGAGCCUAUAGAAGAGUUCAUGCGGCCUUAUGACUUGCAGGAUCCAAGAAUUCAUACAGUUCUGAGUGGAGAAGUGUAUACUUCUAUGUCAUUCCUCAUCGACAUGGUUAAUGUGAGCCUGGAACUCACAGAUCCAAAAGGCAAAGAUGGAUGCAGCUCUUUAGCCAGGUUUGAUUUCAAGAAAUCCAAGUUGCUUUUUGAAAGCUCUUCAAAUGGAACAAAGUCUGUAAAUUUGGUUUCUCAUUCCAUGAUGGCAUUUGACACACGUUACGCUGGACAGAAGUCUGCUACAGGCACACCGAAUUUAUUCAACUGCAUCUUUCAGUCAUCAAAGAACACCAGUAGUCCAGGAGCAAUCCAGAUUGAAUUGCACUUCAGGUCUACAAAGGAUUCCUCCAGUUUCACAGUUGUUCUGAACAAUCUUCGUGUAUUUCUGAUCUUUGACUGGUUGUUACUUGUUCAUGACUUCUUAUAUACCCCUGGAAGCAGCAAAAAGCGGGAAACUCACCUUUCUUCCCGGCAGCGAACUUACAGCAGUGAAACAACUGUAGUUCCCAAAGCAGUGAAAAGUGGAGUAGUUACAAAACGUUCAUCACUGCAUGUGUCUACAGAAAAACAACUGGAAGUUAAGGUUAAUGUGACAGGGACUGAAUUUGUGGUCGUUGAAGACAUGUCUUGUUUCGAUACCAAUGCCAUUAUUCUGAAGGGGACGACCGUUCUCACUUACAAGCCCAAGUUGUUGGAUCGUCCUUUCUCUGGUAGUUUGUUUGGCAUUGAGGUGUUUUCAUGCCGGUUAGGAAAUGAGCAAGAGACUGCACUGUCAAUCAUUGAUCCAGUACAAAUUCAGCUGGAGCUUGUUGGGAAUGCUUCCUAUCCAAGUGGUUCAGGUCUGUUGGAUGCUUUCAAUAGUGAGGAUUUUCCUCCUAUUCUAGAGAUUCACUUGCAAGCGCUGGAUAUCAGACUGUCCUACAAUGAUGUUCAACUGUUCUUGGCAAUUGCAAAGUCAAUUCCUCAACAGACUAGUGUAGCUAUGCCUGACACAACUGUAUCGACUGCUGAAAAUACUGCUAACCCUUCCAGUUCAGCACUGGUGAAUGAAACUUCCUCCUUGACACAUGAAAAGAGAGAUACAUCUAAACGUGUGUUGGAUCCUGUUCUUGAGGUGCAGCUGGCUCGCCUCCAGGAGUUGGGAUUCAGUAUGGAAGAUUGUCGUAAAGCUCUCUUGAUCUGCCAAGGUGACUUGAAAAAAGCAGCCACUUGGUUAUUUAAGAAUGCUGAACCUUUGAAAUCAGUUUCCCAGGCCUCUUGUGGUCAAGAUAGCCAGGGGAUUUUGCCUUUUCAGUUCAUCUCUGGAGUGGAAAUAAAAGCAGAAAUUAUAUGCAUUUGCUUUAUUGAUGACUGCAUGGACUGUGAUGUUCCCCUUGCUGAGUUAACCUUUUCACGUUUGAAUUUCCUUCAGCAUUUGAGAGCCAACCCUGAAGGCUACGCUCGUUUUACCCUCUCUGGAGAUUAUUACAAUCGUGAGCUUUCAGGCUGGGAGCCAUUUAUUGAGCCUUGGCAGUGUUCAGUUUCUUGGCAACAGCAAGCUUCGAGCCGCCUCCACCCUUCCCGGCUGAAGCUGGAAGUAAAGGCUGAGCACCGUCUGGAUAUAAACAUUACCUCUGUCCUCAUGGAGCAAUACACAUGUACCAAACAGUCCUGGAUGGAAGAUUACUGUAAACAGGACAAAGAGGUGAAUGUAAUCAGUACAGAAGACUGGAUGGGUUCUUCGGUGGAUCCACCAUGUUUUGGGCAGAGCCUUCCUCUUGUCUACCUUAGAACUAGGAGUACAGCCAGUUUGACUAACCUAGAGCAUCAAAUCUAUGCUAGAGCUGAAAUGAAGACUCCAAAACGUAGGCAACCAUUUGUUCCAUUUGCUCUAAGAAAUCAUACUGGAUGCACACUGUGGUUUGCUACCCUAACUACAACUCCUACCCGGGCUGCCCUGUCUCACAGUGGGAGUCCAGGUGUGGUUCCUGAGGAAAACGGGACAUUGCUGGAUGAUGCCCACAAUGUCAGUGAAUGGCAAGAGGUUAUCACUGGGGAAGAGAUUCCAUUUGAAUUUGAAGCUAGAGGGAAACUCAGACACAGGCACACACAUGAUCUAAGAAUUCAUCAGUUGCAAGUGAGAGUGAAUGGCUGGGAAGAAGUCAGUCCAGUGUCUGUAGAUAAAGUUGGAACGUUUUUCCGAUAUGCUGCACCAGAUAAGAACUCAUCCUCUUCUACUCUUGGAAGCCCAAUAAGUAGAACAAAUAUAAUACAUCCACAAGUCUACUUUUCUUCAUUGCCUCCAGUUCGUGUGGUAUUUGAAGUUACCAUGGAAGGUAGUGCUCGGAAAGUGAUAACAGUGCGCUCAGCCUUGAUGGUGAAGAACAAGCUGGAAACACCAAUGGAACUAAGGCUAGACAGUCCUUCAGCUCCUGACAAACCUGUAGUUCUUCCAGCAGUUAUGCCAGGAGAUUCCUUUGCAAUUCCAUUACAUCUUACAUCUUGGCGUUUGCAAGCCCGGCCAAAAGGAAUGGGAGUCUUUUUCUGUAAGGCUCCAAUUCACUGGACUAAUGUCCAGAAGACAGCAGAGGUCUGUAGCAGCAAGCAAGAGUGUCAUUCAAUGGAGUCUGAAAACAGCCGGUUUUUCAGGUUUUGUGUGGCUAUAAAGAAAGAAAAUUACCCGGAUUACAUGCCUUCCAACAUAUUUUCUGACAGUGCUAAACAGAUUUUCAGGCAGCCUGGGCAUACUAUUUAUCUAUUGCCAACGGUGGUAAUCUGUAACUUGCUGCCUUGUGAACUUGAGUUCUACAUUAAAGGAACACCAAUUAAUGGGACACUAAAACCUGGGAAAGAGUCAGCAUUGCACACAGCUGAUACAUCUCAGAACAUUGAGCUUGGGAUAUUGCUGGAAAACUUCCCAAUCUGCAAAGAGCUGUUGAUUCCUCCUGGGACACAAAACUACAUGGUGCGGAUGCGGUUGUAUGAUGUCAACAAACGACUGCUAAACUUGACCAUCCGGAUUGUGUGUCGUGCUGAAGGUUCUCUAAAAAUACUGAUUUCAGCACCAUACUGGUUAAUCAACAAAACAGGAUUACCACUUAUCUUCAGACAAGAUAAUGCAAAAACAGAUGCUGCAGGUCAAUUUGAAGAGCAUGAGCUUGCUAGAAGCCUCAGCCCACUUCUCUUCUGUUAUGCUGAUAAAGAACAGCCAAACUUUUGUACAAUGCGGGUUGGAAGAGGAAUCCAUCCUGAAGGCAUGCCUGGCUGGUGCCAGGGUUUCUCCCUGGAUGGUGGUAGUGGUGUCAGAGCUCUGAAGGUGAUCCAGCAUGGAAACAGGCCAGGCCUCAUCUACAGCAUUGGUAUCGAUAUUAAAAAAGGUAGAGGCCGUUAUAUUGAUACAUGCAUGGUAACAUUUGCACCCCGUUACCUGCUAGAUAAUAAAUCAACCUACAAGCUUGCCUUUGUCCAGCGGGAAUUUGCCAGAGGUCGGGGAACAUCCAAUCCUGAUGGCUACAUCUCCACGCUUCCUGGUUCCAGCGUCGUGUUCCACUGGCCACGUAAUGAUUAUGAUCAGCUGUUAUGUGUGAGACUAAUGGAUGUCCCAAACUGCAUUUGGUCUGGGGGCUUUGAGGUCAACAAAAAUAACUCAUUCCAUAUUAAUAUGAGGGACACCCUGGGAAAAUGUUACUUCUUAAGAGUAGAAAUUACUCUUCAAGGAGCCACAUAUCGUGUUGCAUUCAGCGAUACUGAUCAGUUACCGCCACCUUUCCGCAUAGACAAUUUUUCCAAGGUCCCAAUUGUUUUUAACCAGCACGGUGUUCUCGAGCCAAGACUGUACACUGAGGUGAAGCCCUUGACCUCUCUGGACUAUGCCUGGGAUGAACCGAUUCUACCACCUUUUAUAAUGCUCACAGUCAAAGGGGCCGGCUCCUCGGAAAUCGUCUGUAGCAUGAAUGACUUCCAAGAGAGCAAACAGCUUUACUACGAGAACUUCAUCUAUAUUGCUGCUACAUACACUUUCUCAGGGUUACAGGAGCCAGGUGUAAGACCAGUUGCUUCGAAUAAGGAUGCUACAUAUGCAGAGCUCGUCCUUGAUGUUUCUCCAAAGACUCAAAGAGUUGUACUGAAAAAGAAGGAGCCAGGAAAACGAUCCCAGCUUUGGAGAAUGACAAGCACAGGAAUGCUUUGCCAUGAAGGUUCCUCUGUUCCUCAAAACCCCCAUAAAGCGUCUCCUCGGAAUGUGGACUCUUGUAUGAUUUUAGAUAUAGCAGGCCUGGCGGCUGUUACAGAUAACAGGUAUGAGCCCCUGAUGUUGAGGAAGCCUGAUCGACGGCGCAGCACUACCCAGACAUGGAACUUUCGUGACGGAAGGUUGACCUGUGGUAUUCAUGGACUUGUUGUCCAGGCAAAGGGAGGAAUAGUAGGCCUUCAUGAUGGAGCAGAAGUUGUUCUUGGUCCUGAUACUUCACUUGAUCUUUUGGGGCCAGUUCCACCUGAACAGCAGUUCAUAAACCAAAAAAUGAGGCCUGGGUCAGGAGUACUGGCUGUUAGAGUCAUCCCAGAUGGGCCAACUAGAGUUCUACAGAUAAUGGAUUUUAACCAACGUAGAAAUGAUCGUUUAUCCAGUGAAGGAGAUGAACUUCCCGUUACAGAACAGGAUCUGCGCAAGUUGAAAAACCCAGAUACAGAGCAGGAAUUAGAAGUGCUUGUGAAACUGGAAGGUGGAAUAGGAUUGUCUUUGGUCAACAAGGUUCCUGAAGAGCUGGUGUUUGCAAGCCUCACAAGAAUUAAUGUCCACUACACACAGCUGUCAACAAGUCAGGUCCUGGAGCUCAGUGUGCAAGACAUACAGGUGGACAACCAGCUUAUUGGCACCACACGGCCUUUCAUGCUCUUUCUGACACCUAAGACAACUGAGAAUGAAUCCGUGGAGGCUGGUCCUGCUGUACAAGUAAAUGCAAUGAAAUUUCCCAGUAAAAAUGCACUGACUGAUAUAUACAAGCACCUGAUGAUCACUGCUCGGAAGUUCACUGUUCAAAUUGAGGAGAAACUGCUUCUGAAGCUGUUGAGUUUCUUUGGCUAUGAUCAGUCUGAAUCAGAGGUUGAGAAGUAUGAUGAAAACCUCCAUGAAAAGGUUGUUGAACAAGGUGGAGGACAAAAGCGAUACUACUUUGAAAACCUGAAAAUUAGUGUCCCUCAAAUCAAGUUGAGUGUCUUCACUUCCAACAAGCUGCCUCUGGACCUCAAGGCAUUGAAAAGCACUCUGGGAUUUCCUCUAAUCCGAUUUGAAGAUGCUGUGAUUAAUCUGGAUCCUUUCACUAGGGUCCAUCCAUACGAAACUCAGGAGUUUAUCAUUAAUGACAUUCUGAAACACUUUCAAGAGGAGCUGCUUAGUCAGGCAGCAAGGAUUCUAGGCUCUGUGGAUUUCCUUGGCAACCCUAUGGGUCUGUUGAAUGAUGUUUCAGAAGGUGUUACUGGACUUAUAAAAUAUGGCAACGUUGGUGGUCUCAUAAGAAAUGUCACACAUGGAGUAUCAAACUCAGCUGCAAAGUUUGCUGGGACCUUGUCAGAUGGUUUGGGAAAGACAAUGGAUAACAGGCAUCAGACCGAACGAGAAUACAUACGAUAUCAUGCUGCAACUAGUGGAGAACAUCUCGUGGCUGGAAUCCAUGGACUUGCACAUGGAAUCAUUGGAGGACUGACAAGUGUAAUAACUUCAACUGUGGAAGGUGUGAAGACCGAAGGAGGUGUCAGUGGCUUCAUAUCAGGCCUCGGCAAAGGGCUGGUGGGCACAGUAACCAAACCUGUAGCUGGGGCUCUGGACUUCGCAUCGGAAACCGCACAGGCAGUGAGGGACACGGCAACUCUGAGUGGCCCCAGGACACGAGCAGAGAGAGUGAGGAAGCCCCGCUGCUGCAGGGGACCGCAAGGGCUUUUGCCCCGCUACUCAGAAAGUCAAGCAGAAGGACAAGAACAGCUCUUCAAACUGACUGACAACAUCCAAGAUGAGUUCUUUAUAGCAGUGGAGAACAUAGACAGCUACUGUGUUCUCAUCUCAUCUAAAGCUGUUUAUUUCCUGAAGAGUGGUGAUUACACAGACCGCGAUGCCAUCUUUCUCGAAGUCAAGUAUGAUGAUCUCUACCACUGCCUUGUUUCAAAAGACCAUGGGAACGUGUACAUACAGUUGACGAAGAAAGCUGUUAAUACCAGUAGUGGUGUAGCUAUGCCAGGCCCAUCACAACAAAAACCAAUGGUGAAUGUGAAAUCUGAAGUUCUUGCAGUAAAGCUAUCUCAAGAAAUAAACUAUGCAAAGAGCCUUUAUUAUGAACAACAGCUUAUGUUAAGACUCAGUGAAAAUCAAGACCAAUUAGAGCUGGACUCUUGAACCUCUUCUUACUGCCAGAGUGAACUGCAAUUACUGGUCUGGAGCUGAUGGUAUUCUGUCACUAGAGAAAGUCCUACAUGGUAAGGAAAUACAUGAUUGUAGUAUUCAACUAAAUGGAUCACUGUGUGUAAGAAAAGAAGGGAGGUGGGCUUGGUGGGCUUUCUUUUUUUUAAGCAUUAGUUGUAUAACAAAGAUAUAGCUCAAAUGCAUUUGGUUCUGGGACAUGCCCUGUAUUUUGCUAACAUGUAUAUAUGUAAAAGAGUUCCAUGUAAAUAAGAAAGUACAGACCAGGGUGGUGGUAUAAAUAGAAGUCUGUUUACUGUGUAAAGAAAUUAAAGGAGCUGUCCGAGUCUUACUGCACUACCUGAACUAACCCUCGUGUCUCUUUUUUGUCUCUUGAGAAAGCUGAUUUUCACAGUGCAGGAAUGUAGGUAAAUGUUUAAAAGAUAAAAUCAAAUUAGGAGUUAUUUGCAGCUGUUGGUGCACGGAUAUCCUGUGGUUUGGAGCUUUAGCAUUGUGAUUAGGGUGCAUUGGUUGGGGUUGGGUUUUUUGUUACAUCACUCGUACGCCUAAAUGCACAUCUGCCUGCUGCUCACUGAGACGUCCUCCUCAUUUUUAACAAAAAACCUGCAUUUUGUUGCAUAUUGCAGUGAGGACUCACUAAUUCAGUUACAUUUUCAAAAUAUCAGACAAUCAAAAGCUGAUUCUGCUCCAAAACCAGCACUCAUCCCUUGCAGAGUCACACCCCGGAAGGCCCCUGCUCCUCAGCUGCCUUUACAGUAAUUCAAAUGAGCAGCCUUGGCAAUUGAAAUCUUUUUUUUCCCUUCACUCAGACUGAAGUGUUUAUAGUGUGGAAUUCUGCUAGUAUUGGGAAUGCUAGGGAUGGGGGGAGAGAACAUCACUGCAUCAUUUGUCUUCAUGACAACCUCUUCAAAGUUAAACUUUUGAAAUAAUAAAAAUAAAAUAAAAAUAACAUGCUUUUUCAAA